AACUUCACUAAAGAUGGCGGAUGGCGCGACGUCUCUGAAAGGGCUGCGAGCUCAGAUGGCUGCAGCUGCGCAGGCGCAGGCCGAGGAGAGGCGCAGCCAGGUGGGGAGCAGCCCAGGAUCCGCAGCUGCGGCGAGCGCAGCGAAACCCCAGGGCGCACGACCAGUCAUUGAUGGAGCAGCACUAAGAACAGACGACAGGCUGAGAGUGGCGAAGGAGAGGAGAGAAGAACAGGAGAAGCAACAAGCGGCGAGAGAGUCGCAGAUUUUGGAGCGGGAGCGCAAGGCCAAAGCGCAGUACGAGCGGCAGAUGGAGGAGCGGCAGCGGAAGCUGGAGGAGCAGCGCAGGAAGGAGGAGCAGCGGCGCGCCGCCGUGGAGGAGAAGAGGAAGCAGAAGCUGGAGGAGGAGAAGGAGCAUUAUGAGGCGGUGGUGCGGCGCACGAUGGAGCGCAGUCAGAGGCUGGAGCAGAGGCAGAAGCGAUGGUCCUGGGGAGGAGGCAUCUCUGACACUGAGAGCAAAACAGGUGACGGUGACGCCGUCGUCUCCUGCCCCGUAGCUAUAGUCGUAUCGCCCUGUUCUCCAGAGGAGCAGCAGAAGACGCAACCAGUUGACAAGCGCUCUACGUCCACCAUGAACCUGAAACAGCAGGGUGACGCGACCGUCAGCAAGCGCCUGUCUUCCUCCUCCGCUACCCUUGUCCACUCUCCUGACAAAAGUAUUAAGCGGAGGAGCUCUUCUCUAAACCGGUUGCCUAGUAACGCCUCCCAGCCUGCUAAGGACCCCCCGAGACAGCCUCAGGUGGCACAGACAGGCCCCACAGUGAAGAGAAGGAGCUCCUCCCUCACUCGGAUGGGGGGCAAAUCGCAGCCCUCCCCAAAACUAGAACAAGGGACAAAGGACGAACCAGCUCGCCGCAGCCUGGCGAGCCCCCUGGAUAGUGGUGUCCUCAGUCGCCUGCUCACCCCCACCCAGGCUUCGCUAGCUAGGAGCAAGAGCGCCGCCACCCUUUCCGCUGAAGGAGCAGAUUCCCAAGAGUCUCGCCUCUGUCCUCGUUCAGCCUCGGCCAGCCCCCUGCACCCGCGGGGCCCGCUCCGCAGCCGCAGCAUCGACCGCAAAGGCCCCCCUUCGUCCGCAUCCUCCGACGCGGCCGCCGACAGCACGCAGAAAGCUGAGAAGGAGAAGCGCUUUUCUUCCCCCGGCGGGAAACGCCCAGCCUCCCCCGCCGACGUCCCAGGCCGACGCCGCUCGCCCUCCCCCUCACCGUCCACCGCCAGCAAGAGACCCCCGUCCCCGUCGGCAGCCAGCAGGCAAAGCCCAGUCAACCGCCCCCCAUCGCCCAGUGGGACCAGACAGCGUCCGCCCUCCCCACAGCCCACCUCCAAGCCCCCUCCCAUCCAGCGCCCCGCCCUCACCCCCACCGGGCCCCCCACCCUCCGCAAGAGGGACUCCAGGCCUAAGGAGAACCUUCCCUUGCAGCCUGUCGCCCCCGUGUCCCCAGAGAACCCCCCAGCGAACACCACACCCACCAGCAAGACCAAAGAUGACCCCAGCGCCAAGGCCAUCGCGGGCACCACGUCUGCCGAGGAGGCCGCCAGGAUCCUGGCGGAGAACCGGCGCCUGGCGCGAGAGCAGAAGGAGAGAGAGGAGCAGCUGAAAGCGCAGAGGGAGGAAGAGGAGAGGCUGAGGAAGGAGGAGGAGAAGCGUGCCGCUGAGGAGGAGCGGGUGAGGAGGCUGGAGGAGGAGAAGAGAAGGGCGGAGGAGAGGAAGAGAGAAGAGGAGGAGCAGGCCCGCGUGGCGGAGGAGGAGAGAGUGCGGCUGGAGCAGGAGGAGCAGGAGAGGCAGGCCCAGCUGCAGAGGGAGCGCGAGGAGGCGGAGGCGCGGGCCCUUGAGGAGGCGGAGAAACAGAGGGAGGAGAGGGAGAGGAUCAUGCAGCAGAACCAGCAGGAGCGCAUGGAGAGGAAGAAGAGGAUUGAAGAAAUAAUGAAGAGGACCAGAAAAACCGACCAAAACGAUUUCAGGAGAAGCGACGAGAAGGGCACUCAGGACCUCAACGGAGAGAUGUACGACCACACAUCCCAGGAAGCCAAGGGGGAGGGGCUUAAUGAGGCAGCAGAGUGUGACGCGGAGGCGACGGGGCAGAGCCAGCCAGCCGGGGAGCCAGCAGCAGAGCAGGAGGAGCCCUUCGAGAGCAUGAACGGGAAGACUGAGGCGGACGGCAAGGAGAGCGACGACGGCACCUGCCCGGAAGAGUCCGUGGCGGUCAGCCCGACCCCCAGAGCCUGCGAGGAAGAGGAAGAGAGCUCCGAGUUUGUGAAUGAGGACGCCGCGACGGAGCGGCCGGCGGGCCUGAACGGCAAGGCCGGAACCUGGAGCUUCGAGGAGCUCAUCGACCUGGGCGUGCACACGAAGCCCCAUCCCCUCAUCGAUGGAGACGGACACAACCAGAGCCUGCCAGAGUGUGAUGGGGUACCGGAGGGGCCCAGGGUGGCCUUCGAGGACAAGGGGACCAUCGUGACCUCGCUCCACCCGAGUCAGCCAAUCGAAACCCUGUCUGAGAUGUGAUGCUGGGGCCCCUGAAGGCCUGUGAUUAUUGCACUCCUGGAGUCCUGUCUAGCUGAGAGCAGGAGGCCUUCCAGUCCCAAACCGGCUGCUUCAACUGGACACACAAACUAAGGGUGGAAAGGACCCGCAAUGGAGGAAUUCGGAUUUGCUGACUUUGCACCUCAACGAAAGUUUUUUUUGUUUUG